GAAGGAACCUCACCAACCGCUCCCAUCCUUUCUUCUAAUAUUUAUCACCACGACACAAUUUCCCACAAAAAUUUUGUUCUGUUGUCGGUUGAUUCCAUUCUUGCCCCCACCGUUUCGCCGCGUCUGCCUUUCUUCUUCCCCUGCUCUCUCUCUCCCAAUUUUCCACUAACUUCCGACAGCUCUCUGAAAUUUUAAAUUAUUGUGUGUUUUAAAAGGAGAGGCGGCGGGCAUGGCUACUUUGACUUCGAGUUCUUGGCAGUGGAAUCUGGUGGGUGUGGGCGUGGGUGGGAGCUUCAAUAACUAUGGGUGCAGAGAGAAUUUCCGGCGGAGGAUUGGGGCUCCGUUGGGGCAUGACAGUGGGAGAAUUAAAAAGGGGUAUUUGGGAUUGGCGGCUGUGAAAGGAUGCAAGUGGGAGGAGGUCAAAACGACCGAUCAGGCCCAGAAAAUUGGUGCCAAUGGCAAUAAUAAUGAUGCACAUAAAGUUUCUGAAGAAGACAGCAGAUUUAUUGAGGAAUUCAGAGAUGCUUAUCCCUAUGUUUUCUCCCAUAGAGGCCGCACUUUUGUCGUCGUUAUAUCUGCAGAAAUAGUGGCAAGCCCUCGCCUCCAUGCCCUGCUCAAGGAUAUUGCUUUUCUUCAUCACCUUGGAAUCAGAUUCGUUCUUGUUCCAGGGACCCACGUGUUAAUUGACAAACUCUUGGCAGAGAGAGGAAGCAAGCCGAAGUUUGUUGGUCAAUAUAGGAUUACGGACAAUGAAUCUCUAGCAGCUGCAAUGGAAGCAGCUGGAGGCAUACGUGUGAUGAUAGAGGCAAAGCUUUCCCCUGGACCUUCUAUCUGCAACAUUCGUAGACAUGGUGAUAGUAGACGGUGGCAUGAAGUCGGUGUAAGCGUUGUUAGUGGCAACUUCCUUGCUGCCAAGAGAAGGGGAGUUGUUGAUGGUGUGGAUUAUGGGGCAACGGGUGAAGUUAAGAAAGUAGACGUAGCUCGCAUGCGUGAGAGGCUUGAUGGUGGUUGUAUAGUUAUAUUGAGCAACCUGGGUUAUUCUAGUUCUGGCGAAGUUCUGAAUUGCAAUACAUAUGAGGUUGCAACAGCAUGCGCGUUGGCUAUUGGAGCCGAUAAGCUUAUAUGCAUUAUUGAUGGUCCUAUUCUGGAUGAAGCUGGACGGCAUAUUAGCUUUCUGACUCUUCAAGAAGCAGACAUGUUAAUUCGUGAAAGGGCUAAGCAAUGUGAGAUAGCUGCAAACUAUGUGAAAGUUGUUGGUAAGGAAGAUUUCGCUCAUUCGAAUCAUUAUAUCAAUAAUGAUUCGAGUAGGAGUAUCCAUCCACUGAAUGGAAAGGCUGCUUUGGACAAUCCUACUCAAACAUUCCAGAAUGGAGUUGGUUUUGGUUCGCAUCAUACUCCAACAUUCGAGAAUGGAGUUCGUUUUAACUCCCACCAUACUCCGACAUUCCAGAAUGGAGUUGGGUUUGGUAAUGGGAACGGGCUUUGGUCGACUGAACAGGGUUUUGCCAUUGGAGGUGAGCGGAAUAGCCACUUGAAUGGUUACCUCUCGGAGUUAGCUGCUGCAGCUUUUGUUUGCCGGGGUGGUGUUGAAAGAGUACAUUUGUUAGAUGGCACUAUUGGAGGAGUUUUAUUGCUGGAAUUGUUUAAAAGAGAUGGAAUGGGUACUAUGGUAGCAAGUGAUCUUUACGAGGGAACCCGAAUGGCCAGAGUAACCGAUCUUCAUGGAAUUAGACAAAUUAUACAACCUUUAGAAAUGUCUGGUACCCUGGUGCGGAGAACGGACGAAGAGCUACUUGAAACAUUGGACUCAUUUGUUGUCGUCGAAAGAGAAGGUCAAAUCAUUGCAUGUGCUGCACUCUUCCCUUACUUUGAAGAGAAGUGUGGAGAGGUUGCUGCCAUUGCAGUUUCUGCAGAGUGCCGAGGACAAGGACAAGGCGAUAAAUUGCUUGAUUACAUUGAAAAGAAGGCCUCUUCCCUAGGACUGGAUAGGCUCUUUCUUCUGACAACUCGAACUGCAGACUGGUUUGUGAGGCGUGGUUUCUCAGAAUGUUCAUUUGAAUCGAUACCCGAAAAGAGGAGAAGAAAGAUAAAUCUAUCCCGGAAAUCGAAGUACUACAUGAAGAAGCUGUUGCCAGAUAGGAACAGGAUCGGUACCGUUGAUAGGACGUUUGUUUGAUGCUUGAUCAUGCAAAAGCAUCAAAGUCGUCUCAUCCACGAAUGUAGUUAUUUUAAGUAGGGCUGCGUGGUAGAAGAAGCAUUCUGUAUACUGGUCAGCACACAUGUUCUAUCACCUGAUCAUAAGAAAGCAAGUUUUCCCUCUUGGCUACCUGGUUCUCAUGGUACUAAAUUGUUUUAUACUGUAUCGAUGUUUGUCGUCCUACCAUCGACGUAUUUGUAUACCAAGACUUGUAAACAUUGUACUAAAAAGAAGGUUGUCUACAAGUCUCACCAAUAAAAAUUCGAUUCUCUAUAUCAUUG